AUGUCCACCCGUUUCACUGGUAAAGUAGCUCUUGUCACAGGAUCUUCAAAUGGAAUUGGAAGAGCUACAGCAGUUCUUUUAGCUCAGGAAGGAGCAAAAGUAACAAUUACCGGAAGAAAUGCCGAGCGACUAGAAGAGACAAAGCAGGAGAUUCUGAAGUCUGGAAUUUCUGAAGAUAAUGUUCUAGCUAUUGCCACGGAUUUGGCUACUGAGAAAGGACAAGAUGAGUUAAUCAACUCAACUAUUCAGAAAUUCGGUCGAUUGGAUAUUUUGGUUAACAACGCCGGAGCGGCAUUCAACGAUGCCGAAGGAAAGACUGGAGUAGAUCAAGAUGUGUCGGUAUUUGACAAGAUAAUGCAAAUCAAUAUGAGAAGUAUUGUAACUUUGACUCAGAAAGCAAAGAAAUAUUUGAUUGAAGCCAAGGGAGAGAUCAUCAAUGUAUCGAGUAUUGGAGCAGGACCACAAGCUCAGCCAUCGUUCAUGUACUACGGAAUGUCAAAAGCAGCACUUGACCAGUUCACCAGAAGUUCAGCAAUAGAUCUCAUCCAACACGGAGUCAGAGUCAACUCCGUGAGUCCUGGAGCAGUAAUAACUGGAUUCGGAGAAGCGAUGGGAAUGCCGGCAGGGAUGCAUGAAAAGUAUGGCCACUUCAUGGAAUCUCACAAAGAAUGCAUUCCAUGCGGAUCAAUGGGAAAACCAAUUGAAAUCGCCAACAUCAUUGCAUUUUUGGCUGAUCGAAAACUCUCUUCAUAUAUUAUUGGACAGUCGAUUGUCGCUGAUGGAGGAUCCACUUUGGUUAUGGGAAUGCAAGCUCACGAUAUGAUGGAUAUCUUGAAGUCUCAAUAA